AUCAGCAAAAAUGACCGAAAAACCCUUAUCGUCCAAAGAAUAUUCUCAUCAUAGUUCUGUUCACACUACCACUCCUACUACUACUAACUAAGCUCUCAGCUCUCAAACACCAGCUCAAAGAGAAACAAAUUUACGCAGAGACAUUGCAAUCAGAUUAUUUAUAUAUAUAUUUUUGAUUUUUAUCUCUUUUAGCCACCAUUUAAGACCAUUAAUACAUACACACACACACACACACACACACACAUACAUACAUACAUAUAAUGCGUACUCUAUAAGCCAUAUUUCUCCAUUCUUUUCAGGACCUUCUCUGUACACUCACUCAAACCCUAGAUCUUUUUGUUUUUACUUAUUAGUAUUAUUUUUUUAACAUUACUGUUAAAUUUGUACCCUUCUGGAAGAUAAUACACACUUAACGCUGUUUUAUUUUACUUUAUAUUUGGGUUUUAGAUUUAAUUCUCUAAACUCUCUUUCCCAGAUCUGCUUAAUUUACUUCCUAUUCACACAUUAUCAAUUUAGUCGCUUCUAAUUUCCUUAAUUUUGUUGUUGUUUGGGUUGUUGGAUCGCUUCAGUAUUAAAUACCCAGGGUUAAAAUUUUACUUCUUUGUUCUUAUUUAGUGGGUAUUUUAUUCAGAAUUUUACUGCGCAAAUUGUGUGAUAUUUAUCUAAAGUUUUGUUCAUUUUUUGGGUAUCAAUUCCACGUGAUCCGGCCAAACUGAUUAGGAUUUUACAUUUCAUGUUUGGUGUAAGUGAUUUAUCUGAUUAGAUUAGAUCUGGGAUGUUUAUCGUGAUGCUUCAUAUGUGGUAGCUUUGGAUUUCUAGUUACUGGGUUAUUAAAAUGGCAAUGCCACCGGGUAAUGUGGUCAUAUCAGACAAAAUUCAGUUUCCUGCUGGCGGCGGCGGUGUUGGUGGUGGUAAUAAUGGUGGAAUUGGAAAUGAGAUCCAGCAGCAGCAGCAUCAUCAUCGCCACCAGUGGUUUCCUGUGGAUGAGCGUGAUGGGUUUAUUUCAUGGUUGAGGGGUGAGUUUGCUGCUGCCAAUGCUAUCAUUGACUCACUAUGUCACCAUUUGCGUGCGGCUGGGGAACCUGGGGAAUAUGACGUAGUAAUAGGGUGCAUACAACAGAGGAGGUGUAAUUGGAAUCCUGUGCUGCAUAUGCAGCAGUAUUUUUCUGUCGGGGAGGUGAUUCUUGCAUUGCAGCAGGUGGCAUUAAGGAAGCAGCAACAGCACCAGCACCAGCACCAGCACCAGCAACAUAGGUAUUACUAUGAUCAGCCCAAAGUUGGAGGAAAGGAUUUUAAGAGAAAUUCUAGUAUGGGGUUUAACAAAGGGCACAGAGGCGGUGGCGAGGUAGUGAAAGAAGUUAAUUAUGGUGCAGAGAGUCAUGGUUUGGAUGGGAAUACUUCAGGGAAUGAGAAAUUUAAUGAGAUCAAAUCAGGUGGUGAUAGUGGGAGAUUGGAGAAUAAGAGUUUAGCAACUGCUGAGGAUAAGAAAGAUGCUGCUUCAAAACCCCAUGUAGACAAUUUGAAAAGUUCAGGAAAUUCAGAAGGAAGCUUGUCUGGGAAUCUUGAAACUGAAGCUGAGGCUGUGCAUGAGCAAUCUAGCCCUAAAGAACAUGAUUCGCAUUUCAUUCAAAACCAGAUUGUGAAGCUGAACCUUACAACUACCCCGAAAACAUUUGUUGGUGCAGAGAUGGUUGAUGGAAAGUCGGUUAAUGUGGUUGAUGGGCUGAAAUUGUAUGAACAAUUGCUUGAUGAUGUGGAAGUUUCAAAGCUUGUUUCCUUGGUUAAUGAUUUGAGAGCUGCUGGGAGAAAAGGACAAUUUCAAGGUCAGGCAUAUGUGGUGUCCAAGAGACCAAUGAAGGGACAUGGAAGAGAGAUGAUUCAAUUGGGUCUGCCAAUAGCUGAUGCACCUGCUGAAGAAGAAAAUGCUGCAGGGACAUCUAAAGACCGGAAAAUAGAAUCCAUCCCAACCUUGCUGCAGGAGGUUAUUGAACGUUUUGUCAGCAUGCAGAUUAUGACCAUGAAGCCAGACUCCUGCAUAAUUGACAUAUAUAAUGAGGGAGAUCACUCACAGCCCCACAUGUGGCCUCCAUGGUUUGGGAAGCCCAUUUCUGUGCUUUUCCUGACAGAAUGUGACCUGACUUUUGGUAGAGUAAUUACAGCAGACCAUCCUGGAGAUUACAGAGGUUCUCUCAAGCUACCACUUGCACCUGGAUCCCUCCUUGUGAUGCAAGGCAAAGCCACAGAUUUUGCUAAGCAUGCAAUCCCUGCCAUCCGGAAACAACGUGUACUUCUUACCUUCACCAAAUCCCAACCCAAGAAAUUUGUACAAAGUGAUGGCCAGCGGCUAACUUCACCUGCUGCAUCUCCAUCUUCCCACUGGGGUCCACCACCAAGUAGAUCACCAAAUCAUAUUCGCCAUCCUGUGUCCAAGCAUUAUGCACCAAUUCCAACCACUGGUGUAUUGCCAGCUCCAUCGAUUCGGCCGCAAAUUGCCCCGCCAAAUGGUGUCCAACCACUCUUUGUGACUGCCCCAGUUGCAGCUCCAAUGCCCUUCCCUGCACCAGUUCCUAUGCCGCCUGUUUCAACAGGAUGGCCAGCAGCUCCAAGGCAUCCUCCUAAUCGUCUCCCUGUUCCUGUGCCUGGCACUGGUGUUUUCCUUCCUCCACCAGGUUCUGGUAAUGCAUCGUCUCCACAGAUACCAAAUGCAACUGAAAUAAACUUUCCUGCAGAGACAGCAUCUCUGCAAGAUAAGGAAAACGGGCUAGGGAAAUCUAAUCAUGGUACAUGUGCUUCUCCAAAAGAAAAGUUGGAAGCAAAAAGUCAAAAACAAGAUUGCAAUGGAAUCACGGAUGGAAAAGCUGGGACGAAGGAAGAACAUCAGCAAAGUGUUGAUCAUACAGCAGUGGACAAGUCAGCUGGAUCAGUUUAGGGAGGGAGGGGGGAGAGAGAGAGACAGUAUUUUGUCAAUGGUAGGCUGCAAUUGCAAUGAGUUCGAAGCAAAUGUAAAGAGCGGCGAGAUUUGAGAAUUCUACACUUGAUACUAGUACCGGGGGGACAAAAAGGGAGGAAGAACUUCUCAGUUCUCUCUGCAAUUCCUUACGUUUCUCUGUUCCUUUUUGUUGUCUUAUCAUAUGAACUCUUACACUAGGUGAAAACCUCAUCUUUGAGUUUAACUUUUGUUCUUACAUUUUGUUUACAAGUUUUGUUAUACACGUAGUUGACGUCAGCUGUUUUAUUAUAAUCAUGAAAUGAAAAAUAGUAUUCUGUGUAA